GGUGAUCUUAAGCAAUGUGCGUAGCCUGCGAAACAAGCUGUGCGAAGUCGGCGCUCUUGUCGACGACUGCCGUCCAGAUGUCCUCGCAUUCACUGAAACGUGGUUGUCCACCGACGUCACGGACAGUGAAGUGUGCUUGCCAGGCUACGCACUGCUGAGAUGUGACCGCACCUCUGAUCGGCGCGGAGGUGGUGUUGUUUUGUACGUUAACUCCGCACUUACUGUCUGUAAGACGUAUAGUUUCAGAUCAUCAGAGGGUGAUGUUGAGGCACUCGCAGUUAACCUGUGUAUUGCCUCCGCGCAACUUAAAAUUGUGCUGGUCUAUAGAAGCCCUGACAGCGUUGCUAAGGGGCUUGCUGAUUUCAUCCGCGAGCAUUCGGCAAAUAGGUGUUUAGUGAUGGGGGACUUCAAUCUUCCCGACGUUGACUGGCAGAAUUUUUCCUGCGGCGCUGUUACAAGGUGUUUGGCUACCGAGCUUCUCGAGCUGGCCUUGCAUGCUUCCCUG